AUGGCUCAACAACAACAACAGCAACAGCAGCAACAACAACAACAACAACAGAACGACAAUGUGAUGCGAAGAAAGCUGGUAAUCAUUGGGGACGGUGCUUGCGGAAAGACUAGUUUGUUGAGUGUCUUCACCCUCGGGUAUUUCCCAACACAUUACGUGCCGACGGUGUUCGAGAACUACGUGACGGAUUGCCGAGUCGAUGGCCGAUCGGUGCAAUUGGCGUUGUGGGAUACCGCCGGUCAAGAGGACUACGAGCGAUUACGUCCGCUGGCAUAUUCCAAGGCACAUGUGAUUCUGAUUGGAUUUGCCGUGGAUACGCCCGAUUCGUUGGAGAACGUGAAACACAAGUGGAUCGAAGAAGCCAACGAACGAUGCCCCGGCGUGCCCAUCAUCAUGGUCGGAUUGAAGAAAGAUCUCCGCGAAGACACGCAGGCGGUGGAGGAGAUGCGAAAGAAGUCGCUACGGUUCGUGACGCCCAAGGAAGGAAGCGAGACCGCCACCCAGAUCGGCGCCCGGAAAUACCUCGAAUGUUCGUCCUUGACGGGUGAGGGCGUCGACGACGUGUUUGAAGCGGCUACUCGAGCGGCGCUUCUCACCUUCGACAAGCGGAAAAGCUCGUGCUGUAUUGUGCUAUAA